AUCAUGUGGUCAUGGUCCAUGGAGCAUUGGCUCCAUUGCAAAUUGCAAUUGCUGCGUGCUUCUCAAACUUUCUGCAGUGUGGCAUUUUCACCAGACGGAUCGACGGCACGAAAAUGCGGGCCAGCGAUGUAGCAGAAAGGUUAUGCUUCGGUCCGCUCUGGGGGGUCCUUCAGAACUCCAUCAGAUUGGAGUAACAGGACUUCCUCGCACAGUUAUAAGGUCCUGCUUAUCUGAAGCGGUCUUUUUCAAGCCAGCUGCCGCGGCUUUAAGUUUGAUCAAUGGCCCUCCUGCUUAUUGUGAGCCGCGUCAGCGGUCAUUCCUGCCAGGAGGCCUAGAAAGUCCAGCUUGAAGGGAAUUGUACUUCGUCAAGCUUUGAGAGCCCUUGUGCGCGCAUUUGGGGGGAAAUAGUCUGUGGUUGAGCGGAGUCGACGUUCAUCAGCCAUCGGCCUGUGAUUGGCUCCCAGGAGGGUGGGCCGUCGGAAGCCAAGAAAGCCUGAGUGCGCAUAGGACUUACUCGGGUAUCAAAGAUGGCCAACGAGAUGGGCAUUCGGGCAAGGGCCGUGGAUAAUGGGGUUGGACUUCCCGUGACAACCAAGGAUGUGCUGCCCAGAGGACCACUUGGCGCACGUUCUCGUACCCUUCUGAAACCAUCAGGGGUAAAGCGGCCUUGGCUGUCCUUCUUCAACGUUCUGCGGAGGCCCGCUGUAUUGUGCCUAGCAGCCAUCCUCGUCAUUGCUGGCCGUAGCCUAUAUUCUGGCUCCGCCAUGGUUGACCUCCCCACCAGACGCGCCCACUCUCAGCCUCCGGGGUCCGUGUAUAGAAGCCACCUUGCAUACGCACGUUUUGCAGCAAAUAUGUCAGCAGCAGAUGACAUUCCGGUGGAGGGAGCGCUGGAGUGGCAGGCUUUGAAGUCCGACACUGGCUGGCGGCCCUGCGCUGGGCGGAAACGGGUUGUGCCUGAGUCACGAUAUACCAGCAACGGCUACAUCAGUCCUGUUGUCAACGGCGGCUUGAAUCAGCAGCGAUCGGCGAUCUGCAAUGCGGUGGCGAUUGCAAAGCUGCUCAAUGCAACUCUGGUCAUUCCACACCUCUACUAUCACGCCAUCUGGAAAGACCCAAGCACCUUCGAGGACAUCUUCGACGUGAACCACUUCAUCAUGGCGCUGUUUGCUGACAUCGAGAUAGUACACCAGCUGCCAAAGGAGUACCAGUUCCUGACGGAAGACUACAGGCAGAAGACGAAGGUGCCCGCAUGGUCGUCUCCCUCGUACUACCUGACGGAGGUCCUGCCCCUGCUCCGGGCCAAGGGCGCCCUGCGCCUCGACCCGUUUGCGAACCGCCUCACUUACGAUGAUGUGGAGCCCGCCCUCCAGCAGCUGCGCUGCCGCGCCAACUUCCACGCGCUGCGCUUCGCACCCCGCAUAAAGUCCAUGGCAGACACAAUUGUUGAACGGAUGGUAGCGCGGAGCCCCGGCGGGCGGUACCUGGCUGUGCAUCUGCGCUUCGAGAAGGACAUGGUCGCGUUCAGCAACUGCUUGUACGACGGCGGGACCCAGGAGCGCGAGGAGAUGGCUGCCUUCCGGGAGGUCGGCUGGAGCGGCAAAUUCACCCGCCCGGGCCGCAAAGCGAUCGACCCAGGGUCCGUCAGGAGGGCCGGCAAAUGUCCGCUGACGCCGCUCGAGGUGGGCCUCAUCCUGCGUGGCAUGGGCUUCCCGGCGAGCACCCCCGUGUACCUGGCAGCGGGCGACGUCUACGGCGGGCUGCCCCCCGCAUUGCGUGACAUGUUCCCGUCCCUGCAAACCAAGGAGACGCUCCUCUCACCGGACGAGCUGGCACCCUUCAAGGGCCGGUCGUCGCAGCUGGCGGCGCUGGACUUCACGGUGUGCGUGGCGGCCGAAGUUUUCAUGGCGACGCAGGGGGGCAACUUCCCGCAGCUGGUGGAGGGCCACCGGCGGUACCGCAACCAGAACCACUGGAAGACGGUCAGCCCCGACAAGAAGGCCCUCGCGCGCCUCCUCGACAACCACACGCUCCAGUGGGCUGACUUCUCCGCUGAACUGCGCGCGAUGCGGGAGGACAACGAUUUGCAUGGGGUAGCGGAGCGCAAGCGAGAGCAGUCGCUGUACUCGUACCCUGCCCCCGAGUGCAUGUGCCGGGAAGGCCAACCGGGGUACCAGGACGCGCCGGAGGACGAGGAAGAGGAGGAGGACCCGGGCUGGAUCAAGAACCGGGGCAGGAACCUGGGACUGGGCGACGGAGAGGCAGAAGCGGAAACAAGGCGACGAGAAGCAGACGGGUGGGAAGAGCGCGGUGCUAGGGAAAAGAAAGAACUGGAGGUUGGGAGGGGGGAAAAGCAGGGUACGCGGUCGAGGAAAGAGGAGGAGGCUGAGGUCUGGGGAGCUCUGCGAGGGGAAUGGGCGGAUGAAGGGACAACCCCCACUCGCAGAGCAAAGGAGGGGGAUGAGGAAGACGAGACGGAGGAGACGGAGGAGGUCGAGAACGAUAAUCCGGACACGGACCGGCUCAAGCGGAGCCGGAAAGCUGAGAAAAGGGCAGCUUCGGAGGGAGCGGAUAACUGGGGGCUAAUGGAUGACCGGCCGCGGGUGGGCCGGCGGCUGCCGGUCGACGAGCAGCGUUGACCUCUAAGUUAUUUGGAAGCAUCGUCUUGAAGUGUACAAUAAAAUGGUCGGGUUGAAGUGGUCCGGUUGUGAACGCUCGAUCGUGUCGGGUUGUCAAGCCUGGCGAUCACGGUCUGUCGUCUCGGGUCCGGAAGCUGCUCGCAGGUUACAAAAGGACUUUGCUGCUGAUGGAGGAAGUUAUGGCUUGACUUUCCCAGUAGGACUUGCUCAAUCAAGUUGCGGUUGCCGCAACCCUCCAUGCUAGAAAGAUCAGUACUCAGGACUGGAAGCACUUGGGUUCUGAGUCUUAUCUAGAACCAGACUGAACCAGGUAUUGAAAGUCGUGCUUCAUUUUUUCCUAGAUGCCGCCCUUCUUGCAUGGCUGGACGCUUGCCGCUACCAGAGGCUGCACGUGGAGCUAGCUUGUUGUAGAUUAGCUGUGCCAGACGCAGCGGCGCUGAGCAAUUACUUCGACUGCUGGCGUCGAGCAAGCACUUCUCCGGAUUCAACAGCGAUGAUGGCUAUGGUGGCCGCCACGGCGUACUAGUACCGUCUUAGGUCCAAAAGUGCGUCAUCCUUGCGCAGUCGUACUGGGUCUUGUAGUGAACUCUCUUCAAAAGCUUUCAUCCUGUUGCGCCGGCGCGCGGAGACACUAGAUGGACAAUAUUUGGAAAGUGUCGACUUCUCCCCUUAUCAAAUUCUAU